AUGGAUCGAUAUGUGCGCGGGAAAGGCGGCGAAAGAGUUGGAUCGAUCUCAAGCGAAACCAGUCCCAUAAAGGGAUUCGAAACGCCCACUUCUCCGUAUCAGGACGUAACUACACCUACGAAGGAUCAUUCUCUGAACGAGUUUCACAUUCCGUCCCGAACGAGUAGUACCAGAGGCCGUGAAUCCAAGAAGAGGAGACAAAGUCUCCAGCCAUGCAGUUCACCUGCACCAACCACCCCCGAUUCUCGUAAACGGAGCUCCGCCGACUCGGUGAUCUCCUACGAAACCAAAGCCUCAUCCAUCCCAAGCAAUCAUACGCCUCUCCAAAGCAAACUCCAUGCCGAAGAUAGUGACCGACUCCAGCCCUUACUCGAGGACGACCCGAAAUCCUUCGAUCUAGUCGAGCAAACCAGUGUCCCCAGCGAGGAUUCGUCCCUGGAGCGUCGAUCCGAGCAGCUAUUUUCCAAGGAGCAUCUCGAAUCCAUCGUCAGCGAUCCGCAGGACCUCCUCCGCUUCACCUCCUUCCUACACCGCCGCCGGCCGCAAUCCAUCCCAGUGCUGAUUUACUAUCUAGACGCACUGAAGGCGUUACGGGCAAUCAAAUACGCCAAUGCGGUCGCGGAGGCCCUGGAGCCCAUCACGGGGCAUCCAUUCACCGAAUGCCAGGCUCGCCCUACGCAGAACGCUGUUUUGGAGGAGAAGGCGCGCCAGGCGUUCGAGGUCCUGGUGAACGAGGAUCUGCCGGCAUAUGUCGUGCACGUUUUUAUUCAGGUGGCGAGUGUGCGCGUGCAGCGGCGGAUCACCGGCACGCUGCCUUCCCAUCUGCUCGAUGCGUCGGAGGGGCUGGGGGAGGUGUUCUGUCUUACGGAUCCGACGCGGGCGGAGAAUCCGAUUGUAUUUGCGUCCGAAGAAUUUCAUCGCAUGACACAAUAUGGUGUGAGCCAUGCGAUGGCGCGCAAUUGCCGAUUCCUCCAGGGUCCGCGGACGAGUCCAGAUAGUACUCGAAGGAUACGUGAAGCCAUCGCGAAUGGUAAAGAGCACAGCGAAUUGUUCCUGAAUUACCACCGAGACGGUUCCCCGUUCAUGAACCUGUUGAUGGUCGCGCCGUUACUCGACAACAAGGGUAAGCUGCGGUACUACCUCGGCGCGCAGGUUGACGUCAGCGGGCUGGUGAAGGAGUGCACCGAACUGGAGGCGUUCCAACGCAUGCUGGAGAAGCAGGAAGCGAAGACGGGGACGAAUACCGGCGAGGAACCCGAGCGACCAGAUGAGUUCCGGGAGCUCUGCGAGAUGUUCAACAUGGCGGAACUCGACUCCGUGAAAAAAGUCGGCGGGCGCAUGCACCGUGAACGCUUCGGUAACGCCCACGACCACGACCAUGACGCCACCUCCAUCAUCCAUCACCGCCUCCGCCCGCACACUCCCUCCCCCCCUCCCCCCUCUCCUCCGCUCUCCUCCGUCUACAAACACUACCUCCUCCUCCGCCCGCACCCCUCCCUCCGCAUCCUCUUCACCUCCCCCUCCCUCCGCGUCCCCGGCCUCCUCCAAUCCCCCUUCCUCAACCACAUCUCUGGCGCGCCGCGCGUACGCGCCGAAUUGGCCGCCGCGAUGGCCGCGGGCCGGGGGGUCACGGCGAAGAUUCGGUGGGUGACAGGGAGGCGGGAGGGGCGCACAGAUGAGGGGAAGAUGCGGGGGGAGGAAGGGAGGCCGAGGUGGAUUCAUUGUACACCGUUGUGUGGUGCAGGAGGGGGUGUGGGGGUUUGGGUAGUUGUGUUGGUGGAUGAAGAGGGGGGAGGGGGCCGGAAGGGGUGGGGGAGGGAGGCGCCGCCGGUGAUGGGGGGUGAUGUGAAGAUGAUGCGUGGGGGUGGGGGUGUUCAUGGUGGAGAAGGCGAUAGUCUAGUCUUGGAGUCGGCGGGGCGGACGGCGGAGAGCGUGGCGGAGAGUGAGGGGCGGAGCGUCAGCGUCAGUGGGGAGAGUGGGAGCGGGGGGCCAGGAAGCCCCUAUUCGCGGUCGACCACUGGGCUGAGUUAUCGGCCGGGGACGCCGCAGACGUUCCUCUCGGGGUUUUCGGGCGCGCCGAGCUUUUCAUUGUGA